AUGGGUCAGAACCAGUCCGGUCUGGGCGGCGGGCCUCCAGAGGGCAACAAGGACAAGAAGGGCGGCGACAAAGACUCCAAGAAGAAGCCGCCAUACGAGCCUCCGCCACAACCAACCACUCGCAUAGGCCGCCGCAAGAAGAAGGCCGCCGGCCCCAGCGCCUCCGCCAAACUCCCCGUCGUGUACCCUACCGCGCGAUGCAAACUACGAUACCUGCGGAUGCAGCGAGUGCACGAUCACCUGCUGCUGGAAGAGGAGUUUGUGGAGAAUCAGGAGCGGUUCAGGAAGGCGAAGGCUACCAACAGCGAAGCGCCCGCUGCCACAGCCGACGCAGAUGCGCUGGACCGGAACGCGGAUGAGCGGAGUAGGGUUGAUGACAUGCGCGGCUCGCCGAUGGGUGUUGGCAACCUGGAGGAGCUGAUUGAUGAUGACCAUGCGAUCGUCUCAUCAGCCACUGGACCAGAAUACUACGUUUCCAUCAUGUCGUUCGUGGACAAGGAUUUGCUGGAGCCGGGUGCUUCUAUCCUGCUGCAUCACAAGAGCGUGUCCGUGGUAGGAGUGCUCACUGACGAUGCAGACCCGCUCGUGUCGGUGAUGAAGCUUGAUAAAGCGCCAACGGAGAGCUACGCGGACAUUGGUGGGCUGGAGUCACAGAUUCAGGAAGUGCGCGAAGCUGUGGAGUUGCCUCUGCUGCAUCCUGAGCUGUACGAAGAGAUGGGCAUCAAGCCGCCGAAGGGUGUCAUUCUCUACGGUGCGCCAGGUACCGGCAAGACUCUCCUCGCAAAAGCCGUCGCCAAUCAAACAUCCGCCACCUUCCUCCGCAUCGUGGGCUCCGAGCUCAUCCAAAAAUACCUCGGUGAUGGUCCUCGCCUUGUCCGCCAACUCUUCCAGACCGCUGCCGAACACGCACCCAGUAUUGUCUUCAUCGACGAAAUCGACGCCAUCGGCACGAAGCGAUACGAGUCGACAUCCGGCGGCGAACGCGAGAUUCAACGCACCAUGCUCGAACUGCUCAACCAGCUCGACGGCUUCGAUGACCGCGGCGACGUCAAGGUGGUGAUGGCGACCAACAAGAUCGAGACGCUCGACCCUGCGCUCAUCCGUCCAGGCCGUAUCGACCGCAAGAUUCUGUUUGAGAACCCAGACACCAACACCAAGCGCAAGAUCUUUACACUUCACACGAGCAAGAUGAGCCUGGCGCCGGACGUGGAGUUGGAGGAGUUUAUUGGGCAGAAGGACGAUCUGAGUGGUGCGGACAUUAGGGCCAUUUGCUCAGAGGCUGGGCUGAUGGCGCUGCGAGAGCGGAGAAUGCGAGUCAACAUGGCAGACUUCCGGACUGCAAGGGAAAAUGUCAUGAAGACGAAGACCGAGGGUGAGCCAGAGGGCCUGUAUCUGUAG